UUGCGCGGUGCUGCUUGCGCAAUAAGCUACAUUGUGUUCUAUUUUGUUCAGAGUUCAGUUCACGCGAACACCAAAGCCAGUGUGAAAACCAAAGCCUAGAAUCAGAUGACAGAUUUAGCUUUCUAGAGUAAAACGUAGAAGUCUGGAACUUCAGACACGGCUUUUGCUUUCAUUUUGUCUGAGAGGAAACCAAGCACCAAGGCUCCAGGCGUUUUUACCAUGGCUGCUGGUGUAGGACCCAACAAAAUAAGUUUACGGGAAGACCUGACUUGCGCUAUAUGUUGUGACCUAUUCACGGAGCCCGUGAUGCUGGGCUGUGCGCACCAUUUUUGCAAAGCGUGUAUCAGCAGGUACUGGAGAGGUACCCAGGGACCUGUUACCUGUCCUCAAUGUCGCAAAGUGUUCAACACCAAACAGUUCCAGACCAACUACCUGGUGACUGCCAUGGUGGAUAAAGUUCGAGCCAGCACCUCUGACAGCUUUGUCCAAAAAAUGGAGAAACAACUGAAAGACUCACUGGAGGCCCAUCGCCUGAGGAGGGAGGAGGCCAUCAGCAGCAUCCGCAGAGAUGAAGACAAGAUGGAUGCCAUAAAGAGAGUCGGGGGGGAGCUGCAGGCGCGGGUGCAGGGGGAGUUCCUGGCUCUCCAGCAGCUCCUCCAGGACGAGGAGGCCCGCCUGCAGGAGCAGCUGAGGAGGGAGCAGGAGGAGGUUCUGGAGCAGCUGCAGCGCCACCUGGAGCUCCUCCAGAGCUCUGUUAAAGAGCUGGAGCAGAACAUCACCGUGCUGCAGCAGGCGGCUACAGCCACAGACCACAGCAUACUGAUUGAGCUCCCACAGAUAAGACCUCCAGUGCACGUAGCAAAUGGGCCAGAGCUCGACAUAAGUGCUUUCAGCAGCAAAUAUGUGGCCCCAUUGCAGUAUAUCACAUGGAGGAAAAUGUUCACAUCUCUAAAACCAGGCCCUGCCCCAGUGACCUUUGACUCUGACACUGCCCACCCCAGUGUCCACAUCUCCAGGGACAAAACCCUUGCAAUAGAGUGUAAUGUCAUGGCGCCCUACCCACUCAACCCCAAACGCUUCCUCCAGUGUGUCAACGUGCUGGCCUGCCAGGGCUUCCAGUCUGGGCGCCACUACUGGGAGGUGAGGGUCGGCAGCAAUCCCAAGUGGGACCUGGGGCUGGCGUCGGAGGGGGUGAACCGGCAGGCCCGGGUCAAGCUGAGCCCAGAGACCGGUUACUGGACCCUGCGACUCCGCAACGAAGACGAGUAUUGGGCCGGCACCCAGCCCUGGACCCGUCUGCAGCUCACUUGCGCCCCCCAGAGGAUUGGAGUGUUCCUGGAUUGCGAGGAGAGGAGGGUGUCCUUCUUCAAUGCAGAGAACAUGACUCUGCUGUACUCGUUCACCAAUGGGCCCAGGGGCACGGCUUUCCCAUUCUUCAGCCCUUGCAUCAGCAAUACCCGCCAAAUACCCCUGCCUAUCCAGCUCCUCCACUUCCCUCCGGCCAUUUUAUCUGGCUAGGUCAGCUGCUGUCAACCUACGUCAUGCCACACAGUUACUGUUUAAUAGUCUGGUACUCAUUACAGACCAGUCAUGGAUUGCAAGGUUCCAAUUCCAUUUGUUGAUUCCAAUCACUUCUAUUGUCAGGCCUCAACUGGCAAAGCUUUCCAUGGUAACGUAACAAAUUUACUUCCCAAGCAUUGGAGUUGUAAGUGAUGCAGUUUGUAGGACUAAGCCAUGCACCAAGCAUUUGCAUCAUUCAGUUCAAAAUCUGCAUGACUGUGUGCACCUUGCCAAAUGAGAUGUCCUAUAGCAAAUGCUGCAUUUGUAUGCAAAAUCAGUGACUGAAUUAAGUUGUAUUUGUUCAUUAAUAUCAUCGCCUAUAAUAAUCUUGUAUGUCUGUUUUAAUUGAUGUUUUGAUUAGGGAAUUUGACUCUUGGGUGCCUUAUCUCACUACAAUGUUUUGUUUGAUCGGUCCUUCCUCUCUUUAAAUCAGGAAACGCACUUUAUGUACCGUGUCUUCAUUGUCUUGUUUGGUUCAUUGGUCUGAGGUCACACAUUCUGAAAAGUACGUACUUACUGUGCAGUAAUUAUUAACAUAACGAGAAUCAUUAAUACUUUAUGAAAAAAAUGUAUGAUUACGUACUACUCACAACAAAAUAAUCAAUAUUGCUGUAAGAAAAUGAAUGAUAACACACAACACAAGAAUCAUUUAUACUUUAUUAAAAUGUACUGUUUUUAAAGGUAAUUUUAAUUUGACAAAGCCAAAUCGUUGUAUCUUUCCAAUGAGAAUAAACAAUAAACCAAAUCAAGUUUAA